AUUUACAAACAGUGAAAUCGAAUUUCUUCUUUAAGUUGUUCAUCUUCAAAGAUAUUUUUAGUGUUUUAUUGAUUGUAGGAAAAGUGGCACGCAGUUUGCACCUUACACGGUCAAAGAAAGUGCAAUAAAAUAGGUUUUGUUUUAAAUGUUAACAGCCGGCUCCAAGGGGCACGCUUUCGGAGUGUUUAGAUACUGCGCCUUAUCUGCUGGAGAGCAGUAAAUGAUUCUUUUCGAGUUUGCGUGUGUGGUGGGGCGAGGCGGGCCAGCGGUGAGCGGUACCAGACAUCGCCUUCCCCAACUGUAGCCGCCGGCCCCUCGGCCUCUGCACGCUGUCCUCCCGUGGAGAGGUAGUACUGGACUUCACCUGUUUGCACACCAGUCAGUAAACACGGAGCCGGUGACUUAUUAAUCCCACCUCUGACAGCGCCAGUAACAUUCACAGCAGCGCAGGAUCGAGAGACGAGGCGGAGAGGGGCAGCGGCAGGCAUGGAACCAGGUGCAGCAGGGGGAGAAAAUAGAACCGAAAGACAGAUGGGAUCACGAGGCAAUGGGAACCAGGAGGGAAAUGAUUCUGGAGAACCAUCACAGCUUGUGGCCUUGGCCAGCCCCUCCGGUGAACUCACUGAGGAGCCUCCUUUCACCCAGGGCCAGGCAAGCUCUGGUGGGCACCAUCGUGUUGUUGACUUUCCUGCUCAACCAAAGGAUACCAGUGAAGUGGAGCAAGGUACAGACUCCCUGGGAUAUAUAAACAGAGCCUUUGCUGGAGAGCCUCCUCCAUAUUCUCCACCAGAUCCAAAGGCAGUCCACCUGCUCUACCCUUUCUACGAGACACCUUUCACGGGACAAUUGCCUGUCAUGUACCAGCCAGGAGCACAGGAUCAAGUCUUUUAUCAGAACCAGCAAGCCCUACCCGGAAACUACCCUUUCUCAAUUUAUAACUAUCCAUUGCCCGGAUUCCAAUCAGCCCAGGAUCAAAGGAGGCCUCCGAAGGACUACAUGGUGGAGUCGGUUCUCGUCACUGUCUUCUGUUGCCUUUUGUCAGGAAUCCUGGCCAUCAUCUUCUCACACGAGACACGGAUGGCAAUUCUCAGAGGUGACCACGAUCACGCAGAGAUCACCUCGAGGAAGGCGCGGAUGUUGGUGUUGUUCAGCCUGCUCUUUGGGGUCUUUGUUUCCAUCGGGUGGGUGAUAUACGUGGUGGUGGCCCUUUACUUUGCUUGAUGUGCUGGGGUGGUCGGUCUGCUGGCCCCCUUCCCGAUGUGGUGGUGCGGCCGCCCAUCGGGUGAGACCCCGAUGCUUUGUGAAAACUUUGUAACACGGACCUGGAGUUUGAAUUGGCACCUUUUCAGGCAUUUCUCUUUUACACUUGUCUUUGGAACUAGGGCGCCCCCAGCCCCCAGUAACUCUGCCCGACCAGCGGGGCUGCCCUCAUGGACUGCUGCAGUUUGUGUGCUGACGCUACAGUUUGAGAGGUCCGGGACUCGGAGUCAAUGAUACUGAAGGAAUGGCUAUUUUAUGGGAACCGUGUCACUCGGAGGAGAACAUUGGGUGGUGGUGUUCCCUCCCAUCUGCUUUCUCAAUUUAAGUGUCGAAGUCCUGUUACUUUAUCUGUUCCUUUCUGGUCCACUGUCUGCUGGAGAAAGUCCAGUUCUUCCUGUUGCCUUGAGAGUUUAUCUCAGAGACAAAACCAGGAUCGACUGAUCCAACUCGUGAUCCGUGAGACUGCCCGAUGCAAGCAGGGACGUACAUUGCCAGAGCACGUGUGUGCCUGUGGAAAGUGAAGUGAGGACAGAGAAGGUCUGGGCUUUGACUGGGUGCCAGUGUGAUUACUGAGUUCACGCACACUUCAAGGGGGCUGUGGGUCACAUGGUCUUUAACCCAGUGUGAGCCAGAAGCUGAGCAAACUGAGCCAGUAACAAAGUUUGCUGUGUUCUGUAGUAACACUAUCUAUCUAUCUGACAGGGCUCCAGUCCAAUGACAUGGCUAAGUUAGGCACUGCGGUGUUGGGUUGAGACAACCUUAGCAUGUUUAUGUAGAGGUCAGGUAUGCAAACAUUAUACAGCCUGAUGGUUGUGAAGCUAUGCUAGAAAUGCCGAGUAUAUUCUAGCUUCCGCACCUUCUCCCUGAUGGUAGUAAUGCAGAGAACAUGUCCAAGAUGGUGAAGCUCCUUAGUGAUGGAUGGCACCUUCUUAGGGCACCACUCUUGUAGAUAUCCUCAAUGGAACUGCCUGAGAUUGCAACCCUUUGCAGUCCCUUGUGAUCCUGUGCGUUGGAGGUUCCAUAGCAAGUCAGAAUGCUCUCCUGUGGUCCCGAUGAGUUGUCCUCCCUCGGUUAAGUCAGGGUGAAAGCCCACUCCCUAAACUACACCAACUAGUAGGAAAGGUGUGGGCUAACACCGUUCAGAAGCUGGAAUUAUUGACAUUGGUGGAACAGCCUUGGACUUGCAAAUCCUGAGCAACUUUUCAGAAGUGAAAAAUAUGAUAGCUGAAAGGGAGCUCGACCUUUGCAGGUGACAGCUGUUCCUCGGCUUUCAGACCAUUGCUGUCGAUAAUCCUGGAUCAAUAAUUAAAGAGAAACCCUGGUGCUCAGCCAGGAUGUUGAUGUCGUCUCCCCAGGGUGUCCUGUUGCCCAUUCUUCAGAUUGUCCAGAGCUCCCCAGGAAGUGAGGAUUAUUGUCCGGUAUGUGGCUCCAACCUGCUGAACAAUGAUGCUCACAGCAGUUCUAGAAACAUGCUCUUCCCUCACCAUAAGCUUUUUGAUUUAAUAAUUUAAACCAAGCUGUUUCACCAACAGUCAAACCUAAUCCCUUUCUUGCAUUAGAGAGUCUGUUUGCUUUUCAUUGGCCGCACAGGAUAGACCAGGAGAGCUGAUAACAAGGAGAGAGAGUGAUUCAUCCAGAAUAAUUUUUGCUUAACCAAAGAAGCACCCACCACCCAAUCCUGUCAACAUAUUGUCCCAUCUUUUCUCCUGACUUGUGUCGGACGCCAUGCAGUUCACAAAAUGAUUUACCUUCCACUUCUCUGGGAUAGGAAAAAUAACUCUUCAGUUUGUGCUGACUGCGUUUAUAAACAGAGCUAUAGUAAUUACUAAAUUCAAAGUUCGAUUUUAAACACUGUGACACACAGGUGAAAGCUUUUGGUGUGGCAGCUGUAAUGUGCCCAUUACUGGUGACACUUAGCAAGUUGUUGAGGACCUGAGAGCUGGGACUAUAGGAGCAACUCCGAAUUCAGCAUUUCGUGGGCCGGCACCAUAGCGUAGUGGUUAGCACAACGCUUCACAGUACAGGCGAUCCAGGUUCAAUUCCCACUGCCGCCUGUAAGGAGCUUGUAUAUUCUCCCCGUGACCGUGUGGGUUCGGUCAUUGUAAAUUGUCUCGUGAUUAGGGAAGAAUUAAAUCGGGCGAUUGCUGGGUGGCAUGGCUCAAAGGGCCGGAAGGACAUAUUCUAAGCUAUAUCUCAAUAAUAAACAAAUAAAUAAUCAAACAAACAUGUUAAUGUCAUGUUUGCAAACAGGUUGAUUCAGCUAAGGGGAACUGUAACUGCCUAUCCCUCCCCACACACACACACACACACAUUUAGCACAAGUCAGUUUCAGGUUGAUGGCUGAGGGAGGUGAGGCUACCUUCACCCAGGAGAUGACAGAUGGAACACAGUGGCAGAGGCUGGUGUUGUCCUGUCACUCAGGGGGAUUUCUCACCGAAUUGAUUCUUGAGUCUUAGCACCUGCAAAGUUAAAAUUAAAUAUUCAGACAGAUAAUGCUUGAAGUACUCAGCAGGCCAGGCAGCAUCUCAGGGGAGAGAAACAGUGUCAAGACAGCAGAAUUGUAGACAGCUUUAACCAGUGUAAUUCCACAACUCAUAAAGUCUCAAAUAAACACUCAUGCGGGGGGAAAAAAGAGAUUUUAAAAUGGAAGGACUGCAGGUUACUCGUUACGUUCUGUCACUCUAGGCUCAUGUGAUAUUUCAUGGUCUUAAAACAAAAUACUUCCCAAUAUUUGAAGCAAGCUGUGAAAUAUUUGGGAUCACUUUGCUUCGUGGUUCACAGAUUCACUGCUUUGGGCAUCAUGGUGGCACUUUUAACAAUGACUUGGGUUCAAUUCCCGCUACUGCCUGUAAGGAAUUUGUAUGUUCUUCCCGUGACCGUGUGGGUUUCCUCCACAGUCCAAAGGUGGUUAAUUGGUCAUUGUAAAUUGUCCCAUGAUUAGGCUGGGAUUAAAUCCGGGGAAUUGCUGGACAGCGUGGCUCAAAGGGCUGGAAGGGCCUUUUCUGUAUUGUGGUCAGUAAAUAAAUAUUGAUAUAUGAACGUUAAACAAUCUUAGCAAAACACUGAAUACUUGGUACCAUUUUGAUCCCAAGCAGAUAUGGACAGAUUUUUUUCCCUCAUUUAUAAUAAGGAAGCAACCGUGCUCCUCUUGUGCCUUGAAUUUAGAAUUUGCUCUGACAUUCUGGAUUCAAUUUAGAUUUAUUUUAGCACAUAACUUAUUUUAAAAUAAUUCUAUAAUGAAAUAAAAUAAUUGAUGAAAACCAAAAUGAUAAAAGUCAUUAAGGAAACUGGGACGACGUGAUUGUAGACUAUGAAAUGUUUCAAGUGUAUUGGAAUGGAGCGUGGGAUGUGUUUCUACUGUGGUGGAAGCAGUGAAAUUUCAAGAGUUUUGUAUGUAUUUAUCAGCACUGCUACAUUGUGUAGAAAAAAAGUAUGGAAUAGAAGAUGUAAUA